AUGCGUUUCACAGCUGCCACUGUUGCCUUCUUCGCCGGCCUUGCCAUUGCCGCCCCCGGUGGUGACAAGACCGUCUACGAGACUGACGAGGUUACCAUCACCUCCUGCGCUCCCACUGUCACCGACUGCCCCGGCAACUCCGGUGCUGAGCCCACUGGCACUCCCGCCCAGACCACCAGCGCCCCUGCUGUCCCUACCAGCAGCGCCCCCGCUGUCUCCAGCGUUGGCUCUUCUGAGUCCCCCGUCUGGUCCUCCGAGACCCCCGCCUGGACCGCUCCUGCCUCCAGCAGCGCUGUCUCCUCCGGCGUUCCCUCCGUUGUUCCCUCCGUGAGCUCCGUGAGCCCCGUCGCCCCCGUCGGUACCCCCUCGGUCACCGCCAUCACCACCUGCAUCCCCACCGUCAUCUACUCGACCGUGACUCCCUCCGCCACCUCCAGCGCUGGCAACGGCGGUAGCGGCGGUGUCCCCCACGUUCCCUCCAGCAGCAAGGUCUCCCCCUCCGGCACUGCCUCUGCUACCCCCUCCACCUCCUCCCCCGCCUUCAACGGUGCUGGUGCUCUCUCCGGCUCCGUUGGCUUCGCUGGCUUCGCUGCCAUCGCUGCCUUCGUCCUGGCUUAA